CGUUUUGUUUCAUCCCUUUUUUUUCCUUCUCUUCACUAAAACCUAACUUUCAAUAUUUUUUCUUUCCAGAAAUCCGAAAAUCAUUUGUCGUUCAAUACACCACAAACCUUCCUCAAUUCGAUAGCUAAAGCCUCAUACCUUGAGUCACCUUUCGAUUUUCUCCGCCGCGUCCACCGAAAUUGCUGCUUACGCCGCUGUAUCUCGGCCGUUCCACCAGGCAAUCGCCGAUCCACUCCGGUUCAUUCUCGUGGGCGUGAUAUCUGGAACUCUGGGACGCCGUCACCCUUUCACUUUUGGGCUGAUAUAGCGGCGAUCCGGCGAACCUCGCGGCCAGAUGAGUUUUGCCGGAAUGAACUCAAUUCAGCAACAGCCGCCGCAACAGAACAGUAAUGUUAGUAUCAGUAGUACUAAUAAUAAUCAGCAGCAACAGCAGCAAAUGGGGCAGCAGAAUCAGUUGCCGCAAUCGCAAAUGGGGCAGCAGCAUCAGCUGCAGCAACCGCAAAUAGGGCAGCAGAAUCAGCUGCAGCAACCUCAAAUAGGGCAGCAGAGUCAGCAACAGCAACAGCAACAGCAAUUGGGGCAGCAGAGUCAGCUACAGCAGCAGCAAUUGGGGCAGCAGAGUCAGCUACAGCAGCAGCAAUUGGGGCAGCAAAGUCAGCUACAGCAGCAGCAAAUGGCACAGCAGAAUCAGUUGCAGCAACAGCAAAUGGCACAGCAGAAUCAGUUGCAGCAACAGCAAAUGGGGCAGGCGAAUCAGUUGCAGCAACAGCAGAUGGGGCAGCAGAAUCAGUUGCAGCAGCAGCAAAUGGGGCAGAUAGGCAGUGGCAAUUUGCCGAGGUCUGCGCUAAUGGGCCAAACAGGGCAUCUGCCAAUGUUGUCUGGUCAAGCGGCUGCUGCUGCUGCCCAGUUUAAUUUGCAAAAUCAGUUUUUGACAUCGCCACGGCAGAAGACUGGAUUCAUGCAAGGGUCUCAGUUCCAUCCCGGUAAUUCUCCUGGGCAGUCCUUGCCAGGGAUGCAAGCCAUGGGAAUGAUGGGGUCUCUCAACUUGAGUUCUCAACUUAGAGCGAAUGGGAUGCAUGCUUAUGCUCAGCAAAGGAUGACACCCAGCCAACUGAGGCAGCAACUGUCACAGCAAAAUGCCCUUACUGCUGGUCAGGGACAAAAUAUAACGAGGACGUCAUUUAUGAAUGCUCAAAUUGCUGGACUGGCUCAGAAUGGACAACCAGGUAUGAUGCAGAAUGCUAUAUCUCAACAGCAGUGGUUAAAGCAAAUGCCAGCAAUAUCCUCUCCCAAUUCUUCUUCAUUUCGUCUUCAACAACAUCGGCAACAACAACUGCUUAUCCAGCAGCAGCUAGCUUCUUCACAGUUGCAUCAGAAUUCAGUGGGACUGAAUGCACAACAGUUGUCCCAAAUAGUUCAGCAGCAAACGCAGAUGGGCCAUCCACAGGUGCAUCAACAGAAACAACAACAGCUGCAGCAACAGCCGAUGCAGCAGCUGCCGCAGCAGCAGCCUGCAUCCCAGCAACUUUUCCAUCAACAGCAGUCUCCAAGAAUGGUGGCCCCUGGAGGCCAGAAAUCUGUAAGUUUGACAGGAUCACAGCCAGAUGCUACUGCAUCUGGAACAACUACACCAGGUGGGAGUUCAAGUCAAGGCACAGAAGCAAGCAACCAACUUCUUGGAAAGAGAAAAAUACAAGAUCUAGUAUCACAGUUGGAUGUAAAUGGGAAACUGGAUCCUGAAGUCGAAGACCUCCUUUUAGAGAUUGCUGAUAACUUUAUUGAUUCGGUUACUACAUUUGCAUGCACCCUGGCAAAGCAUCGGAAAUCUUCAACUUUAGAAUCCAAAGAUGUGUUGCUGCAUCUAGAAAAAAACUGGAAGUUGACAAUUCCUGGGUUUUCGAGUGAAGAAAGAAGACACGUCACAGACCAUCCUCCAAGUGAUGCCCACAAGAAGCGUCUGGAUGUGAUACGUACCUUAAUGGAGCCUGUACAAUCUGAUACCAAUGAUAAUGCUAAGCAGAUGGCCAGGCAGGGACCUAGCGACCCAGUUGGUCCAAACCACAUGAUAAGGCCUUCUCCAAGUUCCGAGCAGUUGGUUUCACAAUCUGCUGUGCCCCAGAUGCUGCAACAGACCACUAGAUUCUAGGCCGACUGAGAUCUCCGGGCUGGUUUCAGAAGGUGCAUAUCCAAUUGGACUGCAAGAUUUUUGGAGGACAUUGUUGUUUUAAUUCUGAGCCAUUGCCAUCGUUGUGGAGUGAAAUAAUUGAAGUGUUUUUACAUUUAUAAAUUGGAUUCUACCAGAUUCAGCUUCUUCCAACUUAUUUCCUAGUGAAUGGUUUUGAUUUGCAGCAGGAUUCUCUCUUAUCCCUACCAUCUCUUUUUGUAUAUAUAUAUAUUUAUGUCUUUUUCACUAGUAAUUGUUGAUUGAACCUCUGCACAAUUGAAGUGCAAGAAAUUCAUUAGAGGAAA